GCCGCCGCCGCCGCCGCCACCACCGCCACCGCCGCCGCCGCCGCCCGAGACUCGCGCAGAACAGUUAUGGCGGAUCCCGCAGCGCCCGCGCCCGCAGCUCCGGCUCCCGCCCAGGCCCCGGCCGCGGCCCCGGACGCGGCGCCGACCCCGGACGCGGCCCCCGCCCCGGCCCCGGCGCCGGCGCCCGCCCCGGACUCGGCCUCAGGGCCGUCCUCGGACUCCGGCCCCGAAGCCGGCUCGCAGCGGCUGCUCUUCUCUCACGACCUGGUGUCGGGCCGUUACCGCGGCUCGGUGCACUUCGGGCUGGUGCGCCUCAUCCACGGAGAGGACUCGGACUCGGAGGGCGAGGAGGAGGGCCGCGGGAGCUCGGGCUGCUCCGAGGCGGGGGGCGCGGGCCACGAGGAGGGCCGGGCCAGCCCGCUGCGCCGCGGCUACGUGCGCGUCCAGUGGUACCCGGAGGGCGUCAAGCAGCACGUGAAGGAGACCAAGCUGAAGCUAGAGGACCGCUCUGUGGUGCCCCGGGACGUGGUCCGGCACAUGCGAUCCACCGACAGCCAGUGCGGCACCGUGAUCGACGUCAGCAUCGACUGUGCCGUCAAGCUCAUCGGCACCAACUGCAUCAUCUACCCUGUCAACAGCAAGGACCUGCAGCACAUCUGGCCCUUCAUGUACGGGGACUACAUUGCCUAUGACUGCUGGCUGGGGAAGGUCUACGACUUAAAGAACCAGAUCAUCCUGAAGCUGUCCAACGGUGCCAGGUGCUCCAUGAACACAGAAGAUGGCGCCAAGCUCUAUGACGUCUGUCCCCACGUCAGCGACUCUGGUCUCUUCUUCGAUGACUCCUAUGGCUUCUACCCGGGCCAGGUGCUCAUCGGCCCCGCCAAGAUCUUCUCUAGCGCCCAGUGGCUGUCUGGGGUCAAGCCUGUGCUCAGCACCAAGAGCAAGUUCCGUGUGGUGGUGGAAGAGGUGCAGGUCGUAGAGCUAAAAGUCACGUGGAUUACCAAGAGUUUCUGUCCAGGGGGCACGGACAGCGUCAGCCCCCCGCCCUCUGUCAUUACCCAGGAAAACCUAGGCAGGGUGAAGCGUCUCGGAUGCUUUGACCAUGCUCAGCGGCAGCUUGGGGAGCGCUGUCUGUAUGUCUUCCCAGCCAAGGUAGAGCCGGCCAAGAUUGCCUGUGAAUGUCCAGAAAAACACUGCGCCCAGGGGGAGGGCUCUAUGGCCAAGAAGGUGAAGCGCCUGUUGAAGAAGCAGGUUGUGAGGAUCAUGUCCUGCUCCCCGGACACGCAGUGCUCCCGAGACCAUUCCGUGGAGGACCCGGGAAAGAAAGGAGGGGCCAAAGCCAAGAGCGAAACGGGGUCGGUCAGCCCCGAGGAGACGCCCGAUGGGGCCGCCAGCCCGGUGGAGGUGCAGGAUGAGGGCCCAGAGGAGGCCCAGGACGCGGGUGAGCAGCUGCCCCCCUUCCUGCUGAAGGAAGGUGGCGACGACAGGCUGCACUCGGCAGAGCAGGACGCGGACGACGAGGCCGCCGAUGACACGGAUGACACCAGCUCGGUGACCUCCUCUGCUAGCUCCACCACCUCCUCCCAGAGUGGCAGCGGCACAAGUAGAAAAAAGAGCAUCCCCUUGUCUAUCAAGAACCUGAAGCGGAAACACAAGCGGAAGAAGAAUAAAAUCACUCGUGACUUUAAGCCGGGGGACAGGGUGGCGGUGGAGGUGGUGACCACCAUGACCUCGGCAGACGUGAUGUGGCAGGACGGCUCCGUGGAGUGCAACAUCCGCUCCAACGACCUCUUUCCCGUGCACCACCUGGACAACAACGAAUUCUGCCCCGGAGACUUCGUGGUGGACAAGCGAGUCCAGACCUGUCCAGACCCCGCCGUCUACGGCGUGGUGCAGUCUGGGGACCACGUGGGCCGCACCUGCAUGGUGAAGUGGUUCAAGCUGCGGCCCAGUGGCGAUGACGUGGAGCUGAUUGGAGAAGAGGAGGACGUGAGCGUCUACGACAUUGCUGACCACCCUGACUUCCGGUUCCGCACCACGGACAUCGUCAUCCGCAUCGGCAAUACUGAGGAUGGAGCUCCUCACAAGGAGGAUGAGCCAUCAGUUGGCCAGGUGGCCCGUGUGGACGUCAGCAGCAAGGUGGAGGUGGUGUGGGCUGACAACUCAAAGACCAUCAUUCUGCCCCAGCACUUGUACAACAUCGAGUCUGAGAUUGAGGAGUCGGACUAUGACUCGGUGGAAGGCAGCACCAGUGGGGCGUCCUCGGAUGAGUGGGAGGACGACAGUGACAGCUGGGAGACGGACAACGGGCUGGUGGAGGAUGAGCACCCCAAGAUAGAGGAGCCCCCCAUCCCGCCUACUGAGCAGCCGGCGGCCCCUGAGGAGGACAAGGGGGUAGUGAUCAGCGAAGAGGCUGCCACGGCCGCCAUUCAGGGGGCCGUGGCCAUGGCUGCCCCCGUGGCUGGGCUGAUGGAGAAGGCUGGCAAAGACGGGCCCCCGAAGAGCUUCCGGGAGCUGAAAGAGGCCAUCAAGAUCCUGGAGAGCCUCAAGAACAUGACUGUGGAGCAGCUUCUGACAGGCUCGCCCACCUCCCCCACAGUGGAGCCGGAGAAACCGACUCGGGAGAAGAAGUUUCUAGAUGACAUCAAGAAACUGCAGGAAAAUCUCAAGAAGACCCUGGACAACGUGGCCAUCGCGGAGGAGGAGAAGAUGGAGGCGAUGCCAGACACGGAGCGCAAGGAGGAGAAGCCGGAAGGGCAGUCACCCGUGAAGGCCGAGUGGCCCAGCGAGACCCCGGUGCUCUGUCAGCAGUGCGGCGGCAAACCUGGAGUCACCUUCACCAGCGCUAAGGGCGAGGUCUUCUCAGUGCUGGAGUUCGCGCCCUCAAAUCACUCUUUUAAGAAAAUUGAGUUCCAGCCUCCGGAAGCCAAGAAGUUCUUCAGCACAGUACGGAAGGAGAUGGCGUUGCUGGCUACCUCGCUGCCUGACGGCAUCAUGGUCAAGACCUUCGAGGACAGAAUGGACCUCUUCUCAGCCCUGAUCAAGGGCCCCACUCGCACCCCCUACGAGGACGGCCUCUACUUGUUUGACAUCCAGCUUCCCAACAUCUACCCAGCCGUGCCCCCCCACUUCUGCUACCUCUCCCAGUGCAGUGGCCGCCUGAACCCCAACCUGUAUGACAACGGGAAGGUGUGCGUCAGCCUCCUGGGCACCUGGAUCGGAAAGGUGACUACGGUGCCAGGAGCCGGGUGGGAGCGGGGGAGGGGAGGCAGGGUGUCGGGGCCGGAGCUGAUGAGGCCGUGCGCGUGUGCGUUCCAGGGCACAGAGAGGUGGACGAGCAAAUCCAGCCUCCUCCAGGUGCUCAUCUCCAUCCAAGGUCUAAUCCUGGUGAAUGAACCCUACUACAACGAGGCGGGCUUCGACAGCGACCGGGGCCUGCAGGAGGGGUACGAGAACAGUCGCUGCUACAACGAGAUGGCGCUCAUCCGCGUGGUGCAGUCCAUGACCCAGCUGGUGCGGCGGCCGCCCGAGGUCUUCGAGCAGGAGAUCCGGCAGCACUUCGGCACCGGUGGCUGGCGGCUGGUGAACCGCAUCGAGUCCUGGCUGGAAACCCACGCCCUGCUGGAGAGGGCCCAGGCGCUGCCCAACGGGAUCCCCAAGGACAGCGGCUCCCCGGAGCCGCCCGCCGCGGCCGAGCUCUCAGACUACGGCCGAGAGGAAGCUGAGGACGGAGGGCCGUUCCCCGGAGAGGCCUCCCAGGGCUCAGACUCGGAGGGCGGCGCCCAGGGCCUGGCCUCGGCCAGCAGGGACCGCACAGACCAGACUUCGGAGGCAGCGCCCGACGCCCCGGUGCCCCCCAGUGUCAGACCAAAGAAGCGGAGAAAGAGCUACCGGAGCUUCUUGCCCGAGAAGAGCGGCUACCCUGACAUCGGCUUCCCUCUCUUCCCGCUCUCCAAGGGUUUCAUCAAGAGCAUCCGGGGUGUCCUGACGCAGUUCCGGGCCGCUCUGCUAGAGGCGGGCAUGCCUGAGAGCGCGGAGGACCAGUAGCGGCCAGCCCUCGAGGAAGAAGCGUCACGUGGGGAGAGGCCAGCCGCUGCCCGCUCGCUCCCUCCCUCCCCCGGAACCUUCCAUCUUCCCGUUUUCUCCUCUGGCCCCAACGCGAAAGCCCCUCGCUGCCCUCUCCCCGAGGUGAGUUUGAUGCUGAAGUGCAAGAAAUUUCAUGAGAUGCUGCCGUUUCUUUUCCGAAGCAAUCUUCCAACGGGCCGGUGCCCUGUGGCAAAGAGAAUCUGAAACCUGUUGCUGAUUUUCCACUUGUCACCCAGGCAGAGCGUCCCGGCACUUGCUCCCUCGCCGUCCCCAUCUCAAGGCGGAGGUGGGGUCUUCCUAGGGCCUGGCUCGGGGGCUCCCUCUGCCCCACGAGCCUUGCAGCUCAGCCGCAGGACGAGUGGGUGUGCCUUGCAUGAAGUGUGGGUUGCUCCGGCGUUUCCCCCCUCGUCCCUUUCAACCUCUUCAGUGCCCCAUAGCGUCCCCGUUCCUGGAUCCUCCCGCUGCCACCGCCACCAGAUCCUCCCUUGUCUCCCCACCCCCCCCCACCCCCCUCCACCCCCAGCUGGGGAGUUGUGGCUGCCGUCACCGACUCCUGGCUCUGCUCUGGACCUUUCACAGGAUAACUCUCAGGCUGUUGAACUUGCUCUCUCAGAGAGGUUGGGACCAGGCUGGGUUCAGGGUGACACCCGGGAGAGGUGGUGGUGGCCCUUGCGCAUAACAUGGAAUGAGGACCAGGUUGCUGCUGGAAAAGAAGACAGCUGUAGGUGCCUUGCUCUUGUGUCCCAGGUGGCUGGGGGCUCCGCAGUGCUGGCACGCCGGCCUCACCGCUUGGGCCGAAGCCAGUCUGCUCCCUGCCCCGUCCCGCCCCGGGGCCCUAGGAGGCAGGGCAGCGGCACAGACAAGGCCGGGGCAGGUGCUGGGGCCCCUCCCGCAGACUCUGCCCCUCCCACCAUCACAUGCUAACCCUGGGAGGUGACAUAGAAGGAACCGGCCCGCGUGCUCGCUCUCUCUCUAUCUCUCUCUCUCUCUCUGUCUUUCUCGGUUGAGGAUGAGGCCUCCUGUUGCUUACAAACUCUGCAGGCUCAAUCUGGGGAGAGAGAGGUGGCCGACAGGGGUUCUCCUCCCUCGCAGAGACAGGCCCAGAGGUUUACAAGUUUUCUAAGCUUUUGAUAAUGUGAAGCUCCAGGUUAAGAGGAUGCUGUUGAGCACAUUGCAGCUAUGUAAUUUUUGGUGUAUGUAUGUAAUAUUUAAGGUUGAAAGAAAAUAAAUCUCAAAAGCAAAGAUAUUAACUCUUAUUAGAAAAAAAAAGACAAAAAAAAAAAAAGAAGCCAAAGCAUGAUGCGUCUUGUCCGCCUUCCGCUGGCUCCACACCUGUGCUGUGCCGUAACCACCCGGCGGGCAGCGGCCGCAGGGAAGGACGGAGCCGGGCCACGGCAUUUGGAGCCCUGAGUCGGGAUCUUGUUUGAGAAACAUCUAGAGUGGUGGGGCUGUGCUUCCCGGUGCGUUGUUCAUGUGGAGAUGUGAAUGCCUACUGCUUACGAUAUCUGUAUAAAGUGCUGUGUGAUUAAACUUUUUUUUUACUUGCAUUUUUUUCGUUUGCCUCAUUACAAUGUACAAAAAAGACAAGGUGGCACCAUUAAACCUGCCUCUGCCAUUCA